UACCCGUCAUGCACCGCGCGGCCACGCCCCCCAGCGGAGGGAGCGGAGGAGCCGCGGAGAUCGGUGCCCAUGGAGGAGGAGGAGAAGCCCCCGCGGGGGGGGGAGGACCCGGCGGGGCCGGGCGAGGACGGGGGGGGAGGGGCGGCCGGGGGAGCCCCCCCCGAACAGGAGGGGAGCCUGGGAGGCGGCCAAGGGCUGCUGAAGGCCCUGCAGCGCCUGGUGAGCGGCGCCCUCAGCUGGGGACAAGAGCCCCCCCUGAAGCCCCCCCGGCAGCGCUGGUGUUGGGGACCCCGGCCUGAGGGCGGCCCGGUUUGGGAGCCCAUGGGGGGCCCGGGGGGGGCCCUGGAGCAGCUGCAGCUCAGCAGCGAGGCGCCCCCGGCCGAGGAGCUCGAGUUGGUGGCCGAGGUUCGCGUGGCCCCGGGGGGGGCGGGGCUGGCGGCGGCCUCGGGGCUGCUGCGCCGGGAGCGGCCCUGGAGCGCCCCCAAAGCAGGCCGCCCCCCCCGCCCCUCCCCCCGCCGCUGGCGCGCGCCCGGGGGUCCCCCCGCCCCCCCCGGCCCCCCCGCCGGGACCCCCCCGGCCCCGCCCCUCCCCCACCGGACCCGCCGCGCCCCUCCCCCCACCCCGGGCCGGCCCCGCCGCCCCCGCGGGCCCCGAGCGGCGGCUCCGGGCGGGGGGGGCCCGGCGGGACCCCCGGGGCAGCCCCAGCCCCCCCCCCAGCAGCAGCAGCAGCAGCCGCCCCCUGCCCAGAGCCGCACCCACCCCCCCGAAAAGGCCGACUCUUCCUCCUCAUCCUCAUCCUCAUCCUCCUCCUCCUCGUCCUCUUCUUCCUCCUCCCGCUCUUCCUCCUCGUCCGCCUCCUCUUCCUCGGGCCCCCCCGCCGGGCCCGGCUCGGCCCGGCCCCGCUCGCCCUCCCUGGAUAUUUAUGAUCCUUUCCACCCCACCGACGAGGAGAACCCGGCGCUGGGGGCAGCGGGAGCAGGAGGAGGAGGAGGAGGAGGAGGAGGAGGAGCAGCCCCGGAUUUUGGUUACGGCAGCGGCGCCGCCUCCUCUUCCUCGCCGGGCAAAGAGGCCGAAGGGCGGCAGGACCAGAAGUACGAUCCCUUCGACCCCACGGGCUCCAACCCCAGCUCGUCGCGCAGCAGCCCCAGCCCCGAGGAGGAGGAGGAGGAGGAGGAGGAAGAGGAGGAGGAGGAGGAGGAGGAGGAGGAGGAGGAUGAGGAGGAGGAGGAAGAGGAGGAGGAGGAAGAGGCGGCGGCGCUGCUGCCGGACGUCUCGCACAGCAUCAGCCGCAUCUCGGAGACCUUGGCCGGCAUCUACGACGACAACAGCCUGAGCCAGGACUUCGAGAAGGACCCGGAGCCGCCCAAAACGCCUCCCAACCCCGCCGGCGCCGACUCCACCUUGCCCGAGGAGGAGGAUGAGGAUGAGGACGAGGAGGAGGAGGACGAGGAGGAGCGCGAGGAAGGCUCCGAGCCGCGCCGCGCCCCGCCCGAGCCGCGCCGCCGCGUGUUCGUGGUGGAUGUGGGCGGCAAAGGGCGCGCCGAGAGCGAGGCGCACCCCAAGCUGGACGGGAAGCUCUCCUUGGAGGUGGUGACGCCCGGCAACCCCAAAGCGCCCCAAAACCCAACGGCGGCGGCGGCGGCGGCGGCACCGCCACAACCCCGCGGCACCACCCCAAAACCGGGCCGGCACCGCGGGCGCCGCGAGUGGGGCCCGGCCGGCGACUCGGAGAUCGAGGAGGGCGAGAUCGUGCAGCCGGAGGAGGAGCGCUUCAGCCCGCUCAGGGUUUUCCGCGCUGCCGGAGGUGGAGCUGGAGGCGGCGGAGGAGCCGCCAACGCCGGCGCCGCCCGAGGCCGCGCUCCGGAACCGCGGGCGCCGCGUCUGCCCGAGGGCGGCGACGAUUUCCUGUCGCUCCACGCCGAUUCCGACGAAGAAGCCGAUUUCGGUGCCGAGUCCCAACCGGACCCGCGUUGGAAAAGCGGCAGCGGCAGCGGCGGCGGCAGCGGCUCCGAUCUGAGGAGGAAAAUCCUCAGCCAGCGGCGGCUCCGCGCUCCGCCCUCACCGCGUUCGCCGUCGGCCGCGUCCAGGAAGAAAUCCAAGCGCUCCCGCGAACGCGGCGGCUCCGGCGGCGCCUGGGCGGGCGCCAAGAAGGCUCCGGAGCCGGCGCCCAAAUCCAAGGAGCGGCACCGGCGCCGGGGGUCGCGCUCGCGGUCGCGCCGGCGCUCGUGGUCGCGGCGCUCUCGCUCCAGGGAGAAGCGGCGGCGGCGGCGCUCGGGCAGCUCCGGGCGCUCGCGGCACAAGGACAAACACCGCGGCGAGAAGAAGAAGAAGAAGCAGCGCUCGAGGUCCCGGGAGCGCCGCGGGUCGCGGAGAGGGGACGGCGGCGACGGGAAGGCGGCGGAGAAGGGCGAGGCGUCGCGGCGGCGCGUGGUGCCGCCCUCGGUGCAGGAGCUGAACGAUUCCGACCUGUUCGCCAUCAAACGAACCAUCACGGUGAGCCGGCGCGCCGCCACGCCCGAGCCCAAGCGCGAGGUGCUCUACGAUUCCGAAGGGCUGAGCUUUGAGGGGUUCUCGGACCGCGAGCACGCCGAGUUCCCGGCGAGGAAAACCGAGGUGAGAGCGGCGGCGGAAACGGGGAAAAAGGAGAAGGAGAGAAAACGGAGCCGCCCCGAGGAGAGGCCGGCGGGGAGGGAGAAAUACAAGAAAAAAUUCAAGGAUUACACCGAGCCCGCCGCGGCCGAGAGCGGGAAAAGCAAAGAGAAACAACGGGAGAAAAGCAGGAAGGGCAAAACGGGCGGCGGCCACAAGGAGGGCGCGGAGGCGGCGGCGCCCAAAGCGGCCGCGGCGCUGCCCAGGAAGGUGAAGCUGCAGUCCAAGGUGUCGGUGCUGAUCCGCGAGGGCGUCAGCUCCACCACCAGCGCCCCCAGCGCCGCCAAGGACGGCGGAGGAGGCGGCGGCAGCGCCGGGAUCGGUGUGAAAUUCGCCCGCGACGCCGAGAGCCGCGCGGCGUUCCUGAAACCCGAGGAAAAAGCGGAAAAAGCCGCGCCCAAAAACGACGGGGGACAACCCCGAGAGCCCGCGAAACCCCGCAAGGUGAAACCGCCCAAGGGCAAGGGCGGCGUGAAGAAAGUCAAGGUGAAAGCCAAGGGCGAGGCGAGGAAGAAGAGGAAGGCCAAGGUGAAGAGCGGCGGCGGCGGCGCCGCGCUGAAGAAAUCCAAGGCCGACAGCCAAAGCGCCGCCACCCCCCCGCUCCGUUUGCCCCCCAAACCCGAGCCCGCCUGGUCGGGCUCUGAAAAAUCCACGGGGGGAACCCCAAAACCCCCGAGCCCCCCAUCCCCGGCCGCCCCGGUCACCCCCAAAGCCACCGCGGGCACCGCGGGCGCCGCGGCCGAGCGGGAGCUGACGCCGGACUCGCAGACCGUGGACAGCAGCUGCAAAACCCCCGACGUGUCCUUCCUGCCCGAGGAGGGCGCCGGGGCAGCGCCCCCGGGGCUGGGCACCGACGGGACGGGCCCGGGGGACGCGCCCGGGGGGGAGCCCGAGGCCGACAGCCGGAGCGAGGGCAAGGACGAGCCGGGCAGGGCGGCAACGGCGGCAACGGCGGGGACGGGGACGGGGACGGCGGGGCCGUGGAGCCUGCAGGGCGGCGUGGACUGCGCCACCAGCGGCGUGCUGGCACUGACGGCGCUGCUGUUCAAGAUGGAGGAGGCCAACCUGGCCAGCAGGGCCAAGGCACAGGAGCUGAUCCAGGCCACCAACCAGAUCCUGAGCCACAGCAAGGCCGCCCCUCCCCCCCUGGGCCCCCCCCAGGCCCCCCCCGGGGCCCCCCCGGGCCCCCCCCCGGUGCCCCCCCCGUACCUGCUGCCCCUGGGGGGGGGAGGGGCGGCCCCGGUGCCCCCAGGGCCCGGCCUGGGCGGGGACAGGAGGGACAGCGAGGGCCGGGGGGACAGCGACAAGUACCUGAAGAAGCUGCACACGCAGGAGCGGGCGGUGGAGGAGGUCAAGCUGGCGAUCAAACCCUUCUACCAGCGCAAGGACAUCACCAAGGACGAGUACAAGGACAUCCUGCGCAAGGCCGUGCACAAGAUCUGCCACAGCCGCAGCGGCGAGAUCAACCCGGUCAAGGUGAACAACCUGGUGUGCGCCUACGUGCAGCGCUACAAGUACUUCCGGAAACGGCGCCGCGCGGGGGGGGCCGCCCCCCCCCCCGACAACCCCCCCCCCCCCAGAACCCCCCACCCCCCCAAAAGGACCUCGGGCCCAACCCCCCCCCCGCCCUGCCCCUCCCCCCGCUGUAAAUAACCCCCAAAUCCCCGCC